UCAUCAUCAUCAUGGGUAAUUUUUCUGUACUUAUUUUCCUUUUGGCUGCUUUGACAUUGUCCUGGGCCACGCCCUCCUUGCGUGGUGCCUCGGAACCCGAGAGGAUUCUGGACUCCUUGGCCCAACUUCGGCAGAGCAGCUUCCUGGACUGGAUCCAGUCUAUCCUGGGACCAGAGGUGCCAGCGGAAUGGAGCUCACCGGCCAAGAGGGAGUGCGCUGAGUGCUCCUGCGGCAGCGUCAAUACUCGUCAUCGCAUCGUCGGCGGCCAGGAGACGGAGGUGCACGAGUAUCCCUGGAUGAUCAUGCUUAUGUGGUUUGGGAACUUCUACUGUGGCGCCUCCUUGGUGAACGAUCAGUAUGCCCUAACCGCCGCCCACUGUGUGAAUGGUUUCUAUCAUCGCCUCAUCACCGUCCGCCUGCUGGAGCACAAUCGUCAGGAUAGCAAUGUGAAGAUCGUGGAUAGACGUGUGGCCCGGGUCCUGAUUCAUCCCAAUUACAGUACUCGGAACUUUGACAGUGACAUCGCCCUGAUCCGCUUCAAUGAACCCGUUCGUCUGGGCAUCGAUAUGCAUCCUGUGUGCCUGCCCCUGCCCAGUGAGAGUUAUGCCGGUCAAACAGCAGUUGUCACCGGUUGGGGUGCCCUAAGCGAGGGUGGUCCUGUCUCCGAUACCCUUCAGGAGGUGGAGGUGCCCAUUCUCAGCCAGCAGGAGUGCCGGGAGAGCAACUAUGGAGAGUCCAAGAUUACCGACAACAUGAUCUGUGCCGGCUAUGUGGAGCAGGGUGGCAAGGACUCUUGCCAGGGCGACAGUGGUGGACCCAUGCAUGUCCUGGGCUCCGGCGAGGCCUAUCAACUGGCAGGCAUUGUGUCCUGGGGUGAAGGCUGUGCCAAGCCCAAUGCUCCAGGUGUCUAUACUAGGGUGAGCAACUUUAACCAGUGGAUCGAGGAGAACACCAGGGAUGCCUGCUUCUGUGCCCAGCCGGCAGAAGCUUCUCAGAGUAGCUCCACAGAGACGGCAGAGCAGGAGGAGAACACCACUCCAGGAGGAGCAGGAGCAGAAGAGGAAUCAGAGGUGGUGGAGGCCAAUAAGGUGGUUUAACUGGGAGUUUGGUCUUUAAGCCAUAAUUUCUUAAUAAAGGUUUUUUUGCCACUGAAUUUCAUUUCGUUGUGUUUUUUAUCAAUAUU